AUGAUCCGCUGGAAGCUUCGCUGGGAUUGGCACAUAACAAGCCAGAUCUGGCUUCCGGCAAACGACGUCAACACGUACCGACACUCCAUAAGCACAGCAAGUUCAUUGCUAUAUGGGCUCGAUCGUGCGACGUUGUGCAGACUGUGCAAUGCCGACAGCAAGCACAGCUCUCCACUGCUAGCCCCCCACGACGACAAGCCCUACCAACGACAUGGGACUUCGUGGCGUCUGGGGAGAGCAUCGACUGACGUCAGCGGUGGAAGCACUCAAAUUGGGGCGAACGGCUUCUUGUCAUCAUGUGUUGAAUGGGGUGCAUUGAAGAACGCAAAGUAUGAGGUGGCAGCGUACUGUCCGUCGCUCGCUGGUCGAUAUCGCUGGUCCGUCAUUGACUUGAACUCCUGUCUCGUCAACAUCCAAGGCGAACUUGUCGCGCAGGACGAGUGAGUCGACGCCCUGACUGUUGCCUGAACAAAUCUGACAUAUCCAAGCGGGCUCUUCUUUCGCACCUGUGGGCCAUGCUGGGAGGACAACUCGACCUCAUCCUGGGCAAACUAUGCCUGCAGCUGCGAGAUAGUGGCGGGGCAGGGGCGCCACACUGCAGACG